AUGUUUAAUUUUCUAAAAAUUAUUCUAGUGAUUUACUUAUUUGCGAGAAAAAUCAAUGGAAUUGACGUUCAUUUAUCUGAUGAUAUUGAUAAAGUGACACAUUUUGUUGAGGAAAUACUUAAUAUUAAUGACGAUGAAAAAUUAAACGAUAAGGCGGAAAAUUUGGGCGACAUGGAAAUCGAUGGAGAAAAAAAUUAUCAAGAGAUUGUUGAAAAAUAUUUCGUAAAAGUGCCUUCAAAAGAUGUAAAUAAUGAUGAAAUUAUAAGACUGAAGGGAUUGAUUAAAAAAGUAGAUGAUGUUUGGGGAAAAUAUGGAACCGCAGACUUGAAUGAUGAUGACAAAGCAGAGUUGGCUGAUUUGCCAGGAACGUUGAGUGAACUUUUCAAACUGUAUACGGGUAAUGGAAAGGGCGACUUACCUUCCAGAAUUGCGAUGGAUGAACAACCAAGUGUCUGCACGACCGUAAUGAAUGAUCAGGUCCGAUUAUGGAAAUUGCACCAGGCUGCAGUUCUGUCUGAGCUCAGGGGGCUUAUUUUGAACCUCAAAGCAGGUAAUGAUCGUGACACAGCAGCUGCCCAGGCUAUACUACAUUCAGAAGAGUACAUUUUAGCGACGGUAAAUGGCUUUAUUGUUGCCAAGUGCAGUCAUAGUCGUUGUGACCCAGAUGAACAUGAGCGAGGAAAAACAUUCACGGAGUUCCUGGGGCUUUUCCAAGGGACAUUGGUCAAUGAAGUACAGUCAAGUAACAGACAAGGCGAUACUUGCACCGACAGUUGUGGUACUCUCGAACAUGCUCGAAUUGGAAAAUGUUACAUGCAAAUGAUCAAAAAUCGCACAGAAGUUUAUUGUCAAAAAAAAGACUGUCACGGAACACUAUUUAAUUGUAAUAAAGGCGGUGUUACUACAGCCUGUGAACUGGAGAAGUCAUCGGACCGACGAAUCCAGUGGGCGGAUACUGCAGAAGCCGGUGUUCUGGGAGUAAAAGGCGAUGACUGCGAUGGUGAAGAAAAGCUUCUGAAAGAUUAUAAUAAGGGUGGAACAAAUUGUCCAGUAUGUUAUUGUACUUGCGCUGAGGAAGACGGCAAGUCAGAGGCACUUAGAGCUAUUAGUUUGAUACCACAAUUUUCCGAUAUUAAAAAAAAUAAGAUAGUCACUGGCGUGCAAUUUGUUGAACAAGAUCAGCUUAUUCACAUCCAAAUCGAACAAUCUAGCUUGGUAGAAUUUGGCGAAAUCGAUCCAGGGUCAGAAGAACUUGUUGACUUAAAAAAAUUCACAUACAGAGAUUCCGGCCUAGGGUACUUUGAAAUGAGGGCCAAUCAUAAAGAUAACAAAUUGGCCGACGGUGUUGGAUUCAAAUUUAUUACCAGCGACGAGCGAAAGAUCAGUCUGGAUCAAGUGGUGGCUCCAGACGGUGAAGUUAUCGUCGGAGUUACUUUUGCUUGGAAUGAGGAUACUGGUGCCAUUGAACUGCGAAUCUUAUCAUGGCCAUUUGAUUUCGUUUCCGGUAGACUCACUAAUCCAGUAAAUUUGUCUCCUGAUGAUAAUUUGGACUGGAUCAGUUGGGAAAAUUCAGCAAGGCGCUCGAAAUUUUAUAAUACAGAGAGGAGCCAAGUUGAUUUAGAUGAUCUGGACGAUCCAAUAAAAGCAAUGACUCGAAACGAGCGGUAUUCAAAACCAAAUCAAGAGCUAGAGAUUGGAACCACUGGCUACAAAGCCGACAUGGCGCAACACACCAUCCCCUACUUGGACCUUCUACCAGUAACUUAUUCCGAGGUCAAGAGCCCGCUUCGAGGAUUAGAAAUAAUUUACAAAAGAUCUGAAGGCUAUGGAGGUUUUCUGGCCUUCAGAAUUCACGCCUAUGAUUUUACAGAUAAAUUUGCCCCUCAGAUGUCGCAGGCGGAUCUCGAUAAAUAUCAAGCCAACUUUGACGAUUCUCUCGUUCUUGAUGUACCAUCACUGGAUUUACAUUCGCUGGAAUCAAUUGACAAAAUAAUAAAUUUUGUUACAACUACCGCUGAAUAUUUAGAUUUUUUUUUUAUUGAUGCCGCCGCCGAAGAAUUGGAUAAUUUAGAAAUAGACGGGACUAAAUAUUACAGUGAAAUUAUUGACAAAUAUUUCGUAUCGGUACCUCAUGAAAAAGUUACUGAUGAAGAAAUAGAAGAUCUUAAAAAUCUGAUUACUGUUAUUGACGGAUUGUGGGAGUUAUUUGGCCGCUCAGAGUUGGAAGGCUCUUACAAAAGAAACUUGAGAGAUAUUUCGUUAACGUCUUUACAACAUAUACUAAAUAAUCUUUAUUUAGAUUACGUGGGAAAUAAUAAAUUUACUGAAUUGCCUCGGCGCAUAGGAAAGGAUGAACGUCCCCAAUUAUGCGAAACAACGAUGAAUGAUCAGGUACGGCUCCGCAAAUUGCAUCAAGUCGUUAUUUUAACAGAACUCCGGGGAUUCAUUUUGACGUUAAAAGGAUUAAAUGAUGGAGAAUCUACUAAUAAAGCAGUAGCUCGAGCAAUCAUACAUUCAGACCAAUAUUUACUGGCAUCUCGAUCUGGUUAUGUUUCUACAAAAGACAUAUUUCGUCGCUGCGAUCCACAAAAACACAUUCGCGGUGAAACAUUUACCGAAUUUCUGGGCCUAUUCCAAGGGAUAAUUGCUAAUCAGAAACAAAUAAACUCUGGUAAUGAAUGCACUCAAGCAUGCAGUGUCCCGGAAAAUUCGCGAAUCGACAGAUGCUACGAAAUGUUUUGGAUUCACAAUACAUACUGUAAUUUGAAAGAAUGCCGAGGUCGAGUUAUCGACUGUCAAUCUAUGGGCAGUAACGUCACAGCCUGCGAACUGGACGAAACGUCAGAUCGACGCAUCGAGUGGGCGGUCGUUCACGAAAGAAUACGCAAGCCUAAUAGAGAAUAUAAUCACAUGUUGUUUGGCAGAAGUAUUAGAGUUAAAAGAAGACCAAGGAAAAAGUUGUUGCCGGAUACUUGUAACGGAAAAGUAACGACUUUUGAUGAUAAUGAUGCUGAAUUGACGUAUUGUCACAAUUGUAGAUGCGUUUGCGCUGAAGAAGACGGAAAAUCCUCGGCUUUAAGAACACUUAGUUUGAGACCACAAUUGUCGGAUAUUAAAAAUAAUAUGGUAGUUACUGGAGUACGUUUUGUGGAAAAAGAUCGACUUGUUCAUAUUCAAAUCGAACAAGCUAAAUUAGGCAGGUCUGGUGAUAUUGAAUUUGGAACUGAACAAUGGAAGGAACUUGAGGACUUCGAGUACAGUGACGCCUUCGAGGGAAGUUUUCAACUAAAAAACCGCGGGAAUCAAUCAUUGAUAGAGAAACAAGAUUAUAUCUUUAUAACUGCCGAUUAUAGAACGAUAAAUAUCGAUUCGCUGCGUACUCCAGAAGGUCAAGUUCUUGUUGGAGUACGCUUAGCUUUUGAUCCACAAACUGAAGCUAUUGAAGUGGAAAUUUUGGCAGCGCCAUUUGAUUAUGAGACGGGCGAGUUGGAGGAACCAGUUAAUCUUUCUGGAGAAGGUCCUUUGAAUUGGAUCUCGUGGAAAAAUAAUCCGUAUCCUUCUGAAGACUACAAGGGGGGUUACAGACGAGAAGUAAAGUUGGAUAAUUCGGAUGAACCUUUAAAAGGACCAAAUGAAAAUCUGCCCUCUUUUUCUUUCAACCAGAAACUUAAGAUAAGAGCGACGAGUUACGAAUUGGAUUUCGCACAACACACCAUUCCUUAUUUAGAUCUUCAACCAGUGAAUUUUGACGGUAUAAAAAUUCCCCUAGCUGGAAUCGAUAUAGUACACAGGACACAAAAAGGCUACGGAGGGUUUCUCGGUUUAAGAGUACGUGCUUAUGAUUAUACUGGUCACGUUAAAUAUGAAAUGACCCAAAGUGAUUAUGAUAAAUUUAAAGCUGAUUUCGAUGACGAUAUUUUUUCAUGUAUUGUUAAUUUUGAUAACAAAAAUAUGUCCAUCUUAUAA